AUGGCUAUGCAAACUUCCUCUUGCAGGGCUCUUUCGAUGAGAAAUUGCUCAUCGUUUAGGAGACAAACAUCUUUCCAGGCAUUAAAUUCCAGAAGAAGCUCGUCUGCAGAAGUCUUUUCUCUCUUAAACGUGGCAUACUGUUAUACUUACUCCAGUAAAGAAUCUUCUCUAUCCUCAAAGCAAAGAUCACGUGAGCCUGUUAUGGCUGCGAAGGGUUCAUCUGAAGGGAAAAAGCAGGAAGAUGGUAAGUAUAAGCACACCGUUGAUCUUCCGAAGACAGCUUUUGGCUUGAGAGCAAAUUCUGUCAUAAGGGAACCAGAAAUUCAGAAGUUAUGGGAUGAAAAUCAGAUUUUCAAAAGGGUUGUGGAUGGUAAUAAUGGGGGAAGUUUUGUCCUUCAUGAUGGUCCUCCUUAUGCCAAUGGCAACUUACAUAUGGGGCAUGCUUUGAAUAAGAUUUUGAAGGACAUAAUCAAUCGAUAUAAGCUUCUUCAAAACUAUCAAGUUCAUUAUGUGCCUGGUUGGGAUUGUCAUGGCUUACCAAUUGAGUUGAAAGUUUUGCAAUCACUGGAUCAAGAUGCCAGAAAGGAGCUGACACCACUAAAAUUGAGAGCAAAAGCAGCAAAAUUUGCCAAGGCAACUGUGAAGGCGCAGAUGGCAGCAUUUAAGCGUUAUGGAGUAUGGGCUGACUGGGAGCAUCCUUAUCUAACUCUAGAUCCAGAAUACGAAGCUGCUCAGAUUGAAGUGUUUGGCCAGAUGGCAUUACAAGGAUAUAUUUACAGAGGCAGAAAACCAGUUCACUGGAGUCCUUCAUCACGAACAGCUCUUGCAGAAGCUGAACUGGAGUAUCCGGAGGGGCAUGUUUCAAAGAGCGUAUAUGCAGUUUUCAAAUUAGUCUCUGUCCCUACUUCGUGUGAAAUGCUAGAGGAUUACUUUCCCAAUUUGGGCAUUGCUAUUUGGACUACAACUCCUUGGACCAUUCCUGCCAAUGCCGCUGUUGCAGUGAACUCAAAGCUUCAAUAUGCUGUGGUUGAAGUGCAUUCAGAUUCUGUAGAUGUUUCUACAUCUACUGUAGAUGGAAAGAAAAAACUUGGCAAUGUCUUGAACCAGAAUGAGAAGAUAUUGCUGAUUGUAGCUUUGGACCUUGUACCAGCCCUAGAAGCAAAAUGGGGAAAGAAGCUUGUCAUGAAAAAGACACUUAUGGGCUCGCAGCUUGAAAAUUGCAGGUAUGUUCACCCAAUGGAUAAUAGAAAAUGCCCUGUUGUCAUUGGUGGAGAUUACAUUACAACAGAGUCAGGAACUGGACUAGUUCAUACUGCACCAGGUCAUGGUCAGGAGGAUUAUGUAACUGGCCUUAAAUAUGGUUUGCCCAUACUUUCCCCUGUGGAUGAUGAUGGAAAGUUUACUGAAGAAUCUGGGCGGUUCAGUGGGCUUGAUGUGCUUGGUGAUGGUAAUGUUGCUGUUAUAGAGUACUUGGACGAGAACUCAUCAAUGAUCAUGGUUGAGCCAUACAAACACAAGUAUCCAUAUGAUUGGCGAACAAAGAAGCCUACAAUUUUUAGGGCAACUGAACAGUGGUUCGCUUCAGUGGAAGGGUUUCGUGAAGCCGCGAUGGAUGCAAUUAACCAAGUAACAUGGAUUCCGUCACAAGCAGAAAACCGAAUUUCGUCAAUGACUUCCAGUCGCUCUGAUUGGUGUAUAUCCCGGCAAAGGACUUGGGGUGUGCCAAUACCAGUCUUUUAUCAUGUGAAAUCCAAGGAGCCUUUGAUGAAUGGAGAGACUAUCGAUCAUAUUAAGUCUAUAAUUUCCCAGAAAGGUAGUGAUGCAUGGUGGUAUAUGAAGGUAGAGGAUCUACUUCCUGAAAAAUAUCGCAAUGAAGCAUCAAAAUAUGAAAAAGGGACUGACACAAUGGAUGUUUGGUUUGACUCAGGCUCUUCUUGGGCUGCUGUACUGGGGACAAGAAGCAGCCUUAGUUAUCCGGCAGAUCUAUAUCUUGAGGGUACAGAUCAGCAUCGUGGUUGGUUCCAGAGUUCAUUAUUAACAAGUAUUGCUACGAACGGAAAGGCCCCAUAUCAUGGUGUCAUAACACACGGGUUUGUACUUGACGAGAAGGGUUUUAAGAUGAGCAAAUCUUUGGGAAAUGUUGUUGACCCAAGUACUUUGAUCGAGGGAGGGAAAAAUUCGAAGGAUCUUGCCUUUGGUGCGGAUGUCCUUAGGCUCUGGGUUUCCAGUGUAGAUUAUACUGGUGAUGUGAUGAUUGGAACUCAAGUACUUCGUCAAAUGUCUGACAUAUACCGGAAAUUGCGAGGAACGUUGCGAUUUCUUUUGGGAAAUCUACACGAUUGGAAAGAUGAUUAUGCCGUUCCUUAUGGCGAUCUUCCAGUGAUUGAUCAAUAUGCAUUGUUUCAGCUGGAAAAUGUGGUGAAGAACAUUAAAGGGAGCUAUGAUAGUUACCAGUUCUUCAAAAUAUUUCAGAUCAUUCAACGGUUUGUGAUUGUUGAUCUCUCAAAUUUUUACUUGGAUGUUGCCAAGGACCGGCUUUAUGUUGGGGGUACCUUUAGUUCUACAAGGAGGAGCUGUCAAACAGUACUUGCUGUACAUUUACUUUCCAUUGUCAGGGUCAUUGCUCCAAUUUUGCCGCAUUUGGCAGAGGAUGUGUGGCAGCAUCUUCCUUUUCAGUUCACCAUUGAAGAUGGCCGUCUUGCGAACUUCGUCUUUGAGUCAAAAUGGCCCAUGUUAAAUGAAAGACACCUUGCUUUCCCGGAAGAAGAAGUCGAUUUUUGGGAGAAGAUUCUCGAGCUGAGAACGGAAGUGAACAAAGUGCUUGAGGUCGCACGUGGUAAGAAGUUGAUUGGUUCCAGCUUAGAAGCAAAGGUCUAUCUCCAUGCAUUUGACAAUGGUCUGGCCACAAGACUGGUCGACAUGUGUGCGCCCGAGAAUGAUGCUGAUACAUUGCAUCGCAUAUUUAUAACAUCUCAGGUAGAGAUUCUUCCGUCACUCAAAAAUGUACGGGAUGAAGAUAUUCCGUGCACCGGAGAAUAUCUCAUUCAAGGAAAAAACAAAUUAUGGAUCGGGGUGUCACGUGCAACAGGCUCGAAAUGUGAAAGAUGCUGGAAUUUUUCAUCUCAAGUCGGCACUUUUGACGACCACCCCUCCCUCUGUGGCCGUUGUUACAACGUUGUUGGCCAGCCAAUGCCAGCUAUGGCAGCAGUUUAG